GUGCACGACACAACUCCUCCUCGUAUUCCUAUUUGGUACUUUAUAUAAAAAUAAAAAAAGAUUCUUCCUUUACUUUCCUACCUUCGAAUCCAUCAACUCAUCUCUCGCUUUUCACUCUCUCUAGCUUUAAGAGAGAAGCCAAUCUGCAACCACCGCUGUAAGAGAGGAAGGAGAAGAUGCCGCCACCUACAGGACCAGGAGGAGGAGGAGGAGGAGGAACUGGUGGUGGUGAAGUAGGGCAACAGAGACAAGGACAGCAACAACAACAAGGAGGGAUGGGGCAAACAAUAACAGGGAUAAUAAGGAUGGCUGUUUUUUGGUAUUUCAUCUCUAAAUUCAUCUCUCCCAAAAAAGCCCCCACUGACCCUUCCAUCCUAAUCUCCAAUCUCUUCCAAAAAGGAGAGUCUUUGGAUAUGUGGUUCUAUCUCUCCGAGCAUGAAAGGUUUAAUGACUUCUCUAAUGAAGGCGCGCUUAUUUGGCAUGAAACUAAUAUACCUUAUGCUGUUUGGGGACCAGAGAGUACAAGGUCUCUUUCUUUGAAAUACCAUCCAUCUGAGGCAUUGAAGCACAAUGGCACUCUUUAUGCCCACAUUUUCUUUGCACAAUCUGGAUAUCCACCAGAUCCCAGUGAUCCUGAGUACCAGCCUCUUGCUGCCUUUGGAAGAACACAUCCUGUUGUCACAUACUUGCCCAAGUCAAAAUCAGAUAAAAGGAAGAGCCUGUGGGGGAAUUCCAAAGACUCCGAGGAGGUUGAAGCAGCAUCUCAGGUGGUUGAUGAUAGUCAAGCCGAUUCUAAAGAUGAUGGCCCUGUAGAAUGGAUUUCAUAUUGGAAACCUAAUGUUACCAUUAAUCUAGUUGAUGAUUUCACAAAAUACCCCCAUAAUGCUGUACCUCCAAAUAUUGCUCCUUACUUGAAUGUUGAGCCUACUUCAGGGAAUUACUUCCCCACCCUAUUCUUCAACGAGUUCUGGCUGCUUCGAGAUAAAUUUAUCGCAAUUAAUGAUACUGUGACAGAAUUGACACUUAAUUUGGAGGUGGGUCCUAUAAGCACGACAAAAUGGCAGCUAUUCCUGCAGAUUGAUCAGUCAUUCCAGGUUCAUCGUAGUUAUGGAAGCAUGCUUGAAGGCGAGGCUGAUGAACUGAAGAGGGUGUUCUUGGAAGGAAAUCCUUACCUCCUGGUGAUCACAAUGGUCGUUUCAAUGCUUCAUUCAGUGUUUGACUUCCUGGCAUUCAAGAAUGAUAUCCAAUUUUGGAACAAAAAUAAGUCUAUGGAAGGACUGUCUGCAAAGUCUGUUGUUGUGAGCUUUAUAUCUCAGCUCAUUGUCUUUCUCUAUCUGCUUGACAAUGACACUUCAUGGAUGAUACUUGGAAGUUCUGGGAUUGGUUGCUGCAUUGAGUUUUGGAAAAUAGGGAAAGCUAUGCACAUAGAGAUUGAUAGAAGUGGAAAAAUCCCUAUGUUAAGGUUCCGAGAUCGCGAAUCAUAUGCAGGGAAUAAGACAAAGGAAUAUGAUGACAUUGCAAUGAAGUAUUUGUCCUAUGUGCUCUUCUUCCUUGUUGCGUGCUCUUCUGUUUACUCACUAAUGUAUGAGCGCCACAAGAGCUGGUAUUCCUGGAUUCUUUCUUCACUCACCAGCUGUGUGUACAUGUUUGGUUUUAUCAUGAUGUGCCCUCAGUUGUUUAUAAAUUAUAAGCUGAAGUCUGUGGCACAUCUCCCAUGGAGGCAGAUGACAUACAAGUUCCUUAACACCAUUAUUGAUGAUCUUUUUGCAUUUGUCAUCAAAAUGCCAACAUUGCAUCGGCUAUCUGUCUUCCGAGAUGAUCUUAUAUUUCUGAUAUACCUAUAUCAGAGGUGGGCUUAUCCAGUGGACAAAACUCGUGUAAAUGAAUUUGGUUUUGGUGGUGAGGAUGAUCAGGCAUCGUCUGGUGAAGUAACUCCUGCAAAAGAGGAAGAGAAGAAGACCAACUGAGCUAAUUUUUUGUCAAGUCCUUUGGAACUAGAGCACAUAACUAAGUUCAUAGGAUAUUUCUAACUUUUUGCUGCUUUCUUUUUGAUAAUUAUCAUAGAAUGUUGAUCCUGAGUUAGUGGUUAUAGGUCAGUGGUCAAUUCUCUUAAAGAUUUGUUUUGAUUGCAAAGUGAUGAUGGAAUCCCUUUCCUGGGUUCUGCCAGUUCCACAUAUUAUUACUCUCUAUUUGUAGAUUAGAAAGGGAUGCUAAUUAUGAACAAUCCUGCUUCGAGCACGGCCGUUGUACAAUACAUCGAAGAAAUGAACGUUCAUGCUUUAUGUUU